AUGGAUGCAAGAGGCGAAGAUGAUGACAGGGCUGGUGGCCACGAGCACCACCACAACAAGCAGGAACAGGAGGAACAGCAGCAGGAGCAGGAGCACCAGGAGCAGGAACAGGCUGGGCAGGGAGCGUAUGUGCCUGUGCUGUAUGCGAGCCAGACGGGGACGGCGCAGGACACGGCAGGGCAUGUGUCGCGGACCCUCAUCAGGCACCACCUGUCGUCUGCAGCCAUUGCCAUGGACGCCUUCCACGUUGGCCGCCUGCUGGAGCUGCCGGUGGUCAUCUUCGUUGUCGCCACCUCCGGCCAGGGCGAGGCGCCAGACAACAUGAAGAAGACAUGGCGGUUCCUCUUGCGCAAGUCCCUGCCACCCGACUCGCUGCAGCACCUCCACUUUGCUGUCUUUGGCCUGGGCGACUCGUCGUACCCGAAGUUCAACUUUGUUGGCAAGAAGCUCUUCAAGCGCCUGCUGUCGCUUGGAGCGACGCCGCUCACCCCCAUCGGCCUCGCAGAUGACCAGCACCCGCUUGGCGUGGAUGGAGCCCUCAUGCCGUGGAUCGAGACCCUGCUCACCGCUAUUCGCCCUCUCUUCCCACAGCCCCUGUCGCGCCCGCCCAUUCCAGGCGACAAGCUGCUCCCGCCUGUUGCCAAUGUCAUUCAGCUCAGCGCCGACGAACAUGCCACAUUAACAUACCAACAGCAGCAACAGCAGCCGUUUGAGAGGCCUCACAACGAGGCAGCGCCAUCACGACGCACUCCUGCCCGCGUCCCCAUCAAGCUGAACCAGCGCAUGACCCCAGAGGAUCACUUCCAGGACGUCAGACACGUUGUGUUUGAUGUGAGCAGCGCCAACCUUCCGUAUGCACCAGGCGACGUGCUCUAUGUGAUGCCCGAAAACACGUCCGAGUCUGUGGAUGCCAUCUUGGACUGGUUUGGCGUUGAUGGCGCCAUGCUCGUGCGCGUGCAAGUGGACGACGAGGCCGUUGCCACGUCACUGCCUGCACUUCCGGACCGCCUUUCCUUCCGCGAUCUGCUGACACACUACCUCGACAUCCAGGCUGUUCCCAAGCGCUACUUCUUUGAAAUCCUCGCUUCUUUCGCUGCAGAUGAAAUGCAGAGCGAGAAGUUGCGCGAGUUCACGGCAGCAGAGGGGCAGGAGGCGCGGUACGAUUAUGUCAAUCGCAUGAAGAGAACAGCAAUCGAAAUCCUGCGGGACUUUCUGUCCGCCAAGGGGCGUGUUCCUGUCGCGUACGCGGCGGACAUGUUUGGAUUCAUGCAGCCGCGGGCCUUCUCCAUUUGCCUCCAAUCCGCAGGUCUGAACACGAAGACGUUUCUGCAUGCGGGCGAGAUCCACACGGCCGUGGCCAUUGUCAACUAUCGCACGCGCAUGGCUACGCCCCGUCGCGGCGUCUACACAAAUUGGUUGAAGACCUUGCAGCCAGACACCAUGUUCGUGUUUGGCAACCGUAACGCCGCUGCCGACUUUCUGUACGGCGAUGAGUGGCGCGCACUCGAGCACCGUGGCCUCCUCACCCUCGUCCUGGCAUUCAGCCGCGACCAGGAGCACAAAGUGUAUGUGCAGCACAAAAUGCGCGAGCAUGCCGGUGCCAUCUAUUCCGCAAUCGCACGCGGCGCCUACAUCCUCCUUGCAGGGAGCUCGGGGAACAUGCCCAAGCAAGUCCGCGAAGCCUUUGUGGAUAUCAUUCAGCAAGAAGGAGGGAAGACGGCGAAGGAAGCGGAGGCGAUGGUGAAGGACAUGGAGAGGACUGGACGGUACACGUGCGAGACGUGGGAUUGA